AUGGACACGACUGCAACAGGCUUGGCGCCAGCUUCUGCUGUUCCUUCUGUUGCUAGUGCUGCAGAUGCAGCGGAUGCAGCACCAGCAGCUGCUCCAGUAGGUCCCCCUGCGCGCAAGUUAGCUGCAGCGGCCAAGUCUGCCCCGAGACCGUGGGGUCGGGGAGCCCUUAGCCGCAGCGGGGGGCCCCUGCAGCAGCAGCCUGCUGCAACAACUGCAGGACACAGUGGAGACUCGGGGUCGGCGACCCCUAGCAGCAGCAGCGACACCGAAGAGGAGGCUGCAACUGCUGCGGGGUCUUGGGGAAACCUAUACCAUAGUAGAAGCAGCAGUGCCCACGGGGCACCUCCGAACGACAACAGCACACCUGCGUCACGGGGGGGGCUGAGAGGAAAGAGACGCGGCAGCUUCAAGGCACAGGCAUCGGGAACAGCAGCAACUGCUUCUGCCUCAGGUGCAGGGGAAGCACCAUCAAAACGCGCUCGCCGCCGAAGCAGAAGUAUCAGCAAUACUAGUAGCGACAAGGGUGAAGGAGAUAACGGUGGGCGGGAAGCAGGCGCGCACGAAGAAGAUGACGCUGAGGAAGCAGCAGCAGCAGCAGCCGACCCAGCAGUAGUAGCGGCAGGCGCAGCAGCAGAAGAAGGUGUAACACGUGGGCGGUCCCAGCGAAGAUGCAGACGCGUGCGAAAUUACAGUCUACUGCACGCUGGAGGCACAGACCCUUCCCUCGAGUUUGAGUUGUACACAGAGGCAGCAGUGCAGCAGCAGCAGCAGCAGCAGCAGCAACGGGGCACGCCAGGCAGCAGCUGUGGCAGCUUCAAAGGCCUUGUCCCCGUUACUGCUGAGACGCAUGCAGAAAGGUGGAGACGAUUCUAUCGGUCUCACCAGGACCGGCUUGUUGCAUUCAACUCUUUUUCUCCUGCUGCUGCUGCAGCGCUGCUGCUUCGGGCCCUUCCCGGCUUCGAAUUGCGGCGGCAGCAAAUAUGUGUUGAGGCUGGGCACGGCAGCAGACCACUGGUUUCACAUGUCUUUCUCUCCACUUUGGAAACGAAAUUCAAGUGCAGCGCAUUGUCUCCUCCCCCGUGUUGCUGCAACGACAGCAGCAGCAGCAGCAGUGGCGGCAGGUGCGGCAGUUGCUUCUGCUGUGUAGCUGCAGCAGACAGCGGGAGGUUUUUGUUGCUCGAGUGCUGCAGCGAGGCAGCCUUGUCUGCCAUUGGAGGAGCAGAGAAUAGUCCUUGGCCCCUCGCAGAACAAGAAGCAACGGAAGCAGCUGCAGAUGCCGGUGUAUCGCCAGGGGACUCAGCAGCAGCAACUGCUGCAGUAGCAGCAACCGCAACCGCAGCAGAAGCACAGGAAGCAACCACAUCUGCCUUAGUACAGCACGCAGAACUGCAACAAGAAGAAAAUGACAGCCUGCCCUACGAAUCACUCGCAGCAGCAGCGGCUGCGGCGUGUUCCCAGAUUCCUUUAGCCCGAGCAGCAGGAGCAGCCGCAACAGCAGCAGCAGCUCUUGGCGCAAAACAAGCUGCUAUUGCUACAGCCUCCCCCUGUGCUGUCAAGGCAUUCUAUGGCAGCGGCGGCGACGUUGCAGCUGCUGUGCUGCGUUACCUACACGACAACGGCAAGCUGGAAUUCCUGCAGUUGCAGAAAGGGACGCACUAUUUUGAAGUGCAGCAGCAGCAGCAACAACAGCAACAAGAGCAGCAACAGGGGGAGCCCCAGGCGGGAGACUCCGCACCACCUGCUGGCGGGAGUGUGGGGAGCAGCAGCACCAGUUUGAGGUUCCUUGCCACUCCUGUUUUCGCAUACACGCGACGCAGCCCACAGGAGCAGCAGCAGGAGCAGCAGGGUCGUAUCUCGGCAGGCGUAUCUCCAGUCGCUUCCCUCUCUCAUGGUGCCGCUUCCUCUUCAGCAGCAACAGCAGCAGGAGUAUUUGUGGGGUGCGCGAAGUACGUGUUGCUGAAGAGCACUUUGGACAGCUUCUGCUGUUUGCUGCCGCUCACGGGGUCUUUGAAUUGGAAAGACGAUUUGAGAAUACCGAGGGAUCUGGUUGACUGGUUCGAUGGUCUGGCUCUGCUGCUGCAGCAGCACCAACCUAAUCAACAGCUUGCUGCUGCUGCUGCUGCUUUUAAAGUUAGUGACGAUGACGGAGGCGGCUGCAGCGAGUACUCCGCAGAAGCUUACUCCGCCCAGGCAGAACAGCAGCAGCCGCAGCAGCAAGAGGAAGGAGGAGCGAAGCUAGAGGAUUCCGAUGUGCAGAAUCAGCAGCUGAGUAGGCAGCAGAGGGCAAAGGGAGAAGACGAAUAUGUACAGGUAGAAGCAGCAGCAGCAGCCGCAGAGGCUGCAACAGCAGCAGCAAGAGAAGACGACCAUGGCUCUGCGUCUCCUCCACCCGCGGAGUCUGCGCGGAAUUCCUUUGGAUCUUCUGGCGGUUUUUUGGUGUUCUUAGAACCAAGAGAGAAGAUGGAUAUACACCUGCUGGCUAUCUUCAAGGCGCUGCACUCGGCGACAUUCAACACGCAGUCACCUGCACGUUUCCUUCGUCUCGUGCGGGUUGUUCCGAGCAGCAGCAGCAGCAGCAGCCCAGGAGACAGCCGCAGCGUCGCCUUUGUCUUAGAGAAGAGACACGACACGUACAAGACAUACGGUGAACUGUAUGUCGACUUCCUCCGGGUUCUGCAGAGGGCCAAGAAGGAGCUGGGAUCGCUCGAUCCCGACAGCAUACUUCCCCCGCAACAGCCACCCAAGUGGACGUCUUCUUCUCCUGAGGACAUUGAGGUGCUGCUGGAGCACCAACUGCAUCAGCAUACAACCCCGCAGCAGCAGCAGCAGCAGCAGCAGCAGCAGGGGAAACGCAUAGGGCACAGGAGACGCGGGAGACAGCCCCACCACAACGAGUUGAUAAGCGACGAAGAGAUAGAGGAGCAGCUGCAGCAGCAGCAGCUCCAGAGGAGAUCAGCUAGGGGAAGACCGCUGAGAACAAAAGCACGGGGUGCAGCGGAGUCGCCCAAGUGGGGAGCCGCAGCAACCCCGGACUCUGCUGCUGGGCCGAUAGACAUGCAGCAGCAGCCCACGCAGCAGCAGUUGCCGCAGCAGCAGCAACAGCUGCAGCAUCCGCAUCAGCCACGGGGUGCCGCUGCGGCACGCCGUGACUCAGCUGGCGACCCUCUUGCUGCGCUGCGGCACCGCGUGGCAACAGCAGAGAGGAAGGGAAGAAGUGCAAGGGAAGCAGCGCAGGAAAGCCGCCAGCAGCUGUACGGCUGCUGCAGUGAGCUGCUGCACCGUCUGCUGCAGCAGCAGGGACCGGAGGAUGAGGCAGAGAGCACUUCAGAGAGAAGAUCUAGUGAAAGGGUGCAGCAAAAGCUGCAGCAGAUGCUGCAGCAGCUGCUGCGCCAAGCCAAAGUUGCCGACCAGUUAGAGGAGGAUGCAGCGGCAGCUGCAAGACAGGCAAGAGACGAGCUGGAGCAGCAGCAACAGAAGCUUCUGGGGGAAGAAAGCAGCAGCAGCACAGCAGCCAAUGAAGCACUUGGGGAAAGGCUACGAAGUAUUGCACUUUCCGCCGCUACAUUAGCACAAGAAUGCGCUCAGCUGGCUGGCCAACAACAGCAACAGCAACAGCAGGAGCAACAGCAGCGGCAGCAUCAACAGCUGCUGCUACAUGGUGAAACACAGCAAACCCCACGUGCCCUUUCUCCUAUGAUGAAGCGGCCCCAGUUUAGUCAUCCGUUGCCACAUCAACACUUGCAGCAGCAGCAGCAACAGCUGCUGCUGCACCUGCAGGCAGCAAGCGCGAGGGCGGCGCUGCAACAUGGAAUAGGAAUAUCAUUCCCUGUGUCUGAGCAAGGUCGUGCUGUAUUGCAGGCUUUGCAGCAGCAGGCUGAAAUGUACAACGCUCAGCAGCAACAACACCAACAACACCAACAACAGCACCAACAACAGCAACAACAGCAACAACAACAGCAGCAGCAGCAGCAGCAACACCCUCUGCUGAGUAUUGCCAGGAGCGCACUACAUGCCUUGCCCGGAUAUUCCCCUUUUGCGGCGCAAGCCGCUGCUGCUUCCGCUACUUGGCCUGUGGGGCUGCACCAGCAGUUGAUGCAGCAGCAACACACGCAGCAGCAGCAGCAGCAACAGCAGCUGCAGCAACAACAGCUGCAGCAGCAACAACACACGCAGCAGCAGCAACAGCUGCAGCACCACCAGCAGCUACUACAGCAGCAGCAGCACCAGCUGGAAGAACAGCAGCAGAUGGAGCCUCCCCAGCUAGAGCAUCCGUACGACGGCGCGCAGCAGCGGCAACAGCAGCCUCCUCCAGCCUACCAGACGCUGCCCUUCGCUCCUCCCCCUUGA